UACGUAAAAGGCAAACGGUCAACUCUUGCACAGAAACCGUGCCGCGUAUAUAAAUGUCCGAAUAUACAAACUCCAUUAAUCUCUUUACUUUUGUGAGCGGCUAGGGUUUUAACAGAAGUCUCUCUCUGUGAGCUCUUUCUAAGCGGUUUUAGACAUUCAUCAUGGGUAAGGAGAAGGUUCACAUUAACAUUGUGGUCAUUGGUCAUGUUGACUCCGGAAAGUCUACCACUACCGGUCACUUGAUCUACAAGCUCGGUGGAAUUGAUAAGCGUGUCAUUGAAAGGUUCGAGAAGGAGGCUGCUGAGAUGAACAAGAGGUCAUUUAAGUAUGCUUGGGUGCUCGACAAGCUCAAGGCUGAGCGUGAGCGUGGUAUUACCAUUGAUAUUGCCUUGUGGAAGUUCGAGACCACCAAGUACUACUGCACUGUCAUAGAUGCUCCUGGACAUCGUGACUUUAUCAAAAACAUGAUUACUGGUACCUCACAGGCUGACUGUGCCGUCCUCAUCAUCGACUCCACCACUGGUGGCUUUGAAGCGGGUAUCUCCAAGGAUGGUCAGACCCGUGAGCAUGCUUUGCUUGCUUUCACCCUUGGUGUCAAGCAGAUGAUUUGCUGCUGCAACAAGAUGGAUGCCACCACGCCAAAAUACUCCAAACCUAGAUAUGAUGAAAUUGUGAAGGAAGUUUCUUCCUACAUCAAGAAGGUUGGGUACAAUCCUGACAAGAUUCCAUUUGUCCCCAUUUCUGGUUUUGAGGGUGACAACAUGAUUGAGAGGUCCACCAACCUCGACUGGUACAAGGGCCCAACCCUGCUAGAAGCUCUUGACCAGAUUCUGGAGCCCAAGAGGCCCUCAGAUAAGCCUCUUCGACUCCCGCUUCAGGAUGUAUACAAGAUUGGUGGUAUUGGUACUGUCCCAGUCGGUCGUGUGGAGACUGGUGUCCUCAAGCCUGGUAUGGUUGUGACCUUCGGUCCCUCUGGGUUGACCACUGAAGUUAAGUCUGUUGAGAUGCAUCAUGAAGCCCUUCAGGAGGCUCUCCCUGGAGAUAAUGUUGGUUUCAACGUGAAGAAUGUUGCUGUCAAGGAUCUCAAGCGUGGUUACGUGGCUUCGAACUCCAAGGAUGAUCCUGCUAAGGGAGCUGCUAACUUUACCUCCCAGGUCAUCAUCAUGAACCACCCUGGUCAGAUUGGAAAUGGAUAUGCCCCAGUGCUGGAUUGCCACACCUCUCACAUUGCUGUAAAGUUUGCUGAGCUCCAGACUAAGAUUGAUAGGCGAUCUGGUAAGGAGCUUGAGAAGGAGCCCAAGUUUUUGAAGAAUGGUGAUGCUGGUCUCGUGAAGAUGAUUCCAACCAAGCCUAUGGUGGUGGAGACUUUCUCCGAGUACCCACCUCUUGGUCGUUUUGCUGUUAGAGACAUGCGUCAGACCGUCGCCGUUGGAGUCAUCAAGAAUGUGGAUAAAAAGGAUCCAACUGGUGCCAAGGUGACCAAAGCUGCUGCCAAGAAGGGUGCCAAGUGAACCGUUUGUGCUAAUGUUCAUUCGAUUGCAAGAGUACUUUAUUAUUACAAACUAUGGCAUAACUUUGUCUUCGUCACUGUCGUUUUAGUUGGUCAGUUAUUUUACGUAGUACAUUGUGGUACUGUGUCUUUUACGUUUGGUUGCCGUUCCCAGAACUGGGUGCUUGACAGGCGGUGGCGCAGCCUACGUAUUUGAAGAGUAAGUUUUCCCUCAUUCCCGUUUGUUUUGCCCUUUGAGGUGCUCUGGUUUAUCCUAGCGGCUCAAGAGUUUUGUGUUUCGUGUCCUCCUCUACAAUUGUAAUAGAUCUAUUCUGAAUUUGUCUUGAUUCUAGUUACCAUUCUGCGCAUGAUUA